AUGCGUCUUCAGGCCAACCCCAAACCGCUGAGGCUAACCGGCACUGGCCUACCCGCAAGUCUGUGGCUGUUGUCGCCAUCACAUAACCUUGAGCAGUUCUUGGCCAAUGGAUUGCCGAGUUUGGACGAGUUUGAGGCCAAAUUCACACGCCUUCGCAACGUCAGCAUCCGCUUGGGGCAAAUCUCAGACAACUACAUCGUCGGCCCACUGGAAGUGAACACAAGCAAGUUCAAGCUGGCGGCAAAACAGCUGCUCGGCGAACACGAAAUGGUAUUUGUGCGAAAAUGCACCGAAUUGUACGUGAUACAGGUGGUACCGAUCGCGGCCACCAUAGACGAGUUUGAGAGGGUCCUUUCUCGCACACUUGGAAACCUGGACGAUCUGGCCUUCGCCAUGGAGGCGCUGCACAGCUUCUAUCGCAAUGAGGUCAACCUCGACCUGGAGAUCGCACAAGCUGAGGAGGCAGCAGUGAAGUGUAAACCGAUGUCCAUCUCGAAUUGGAGAGUUUUUUGGAAAGCAACAAUGUUUCUAAUUCCACCACCAACUCUCGUCUCAACUGACGCGACAAAGGCCAUUCUAUAUCUGCUGACGGUUACGAGAUCUGCCGAUGAUGUAGGAGUAAGGUAA